UACUGUGUGAGCUGUGAUUAGUCACACAGCUUGUCACAUGGUACAAGGCUGUUGUGAAUAGCCUUGUACCAUGUGACCUCUGUGAUCAUUCACAGAUUUCACACGUAGUAAGCAAUGAUGUCAGAAGUGACAUCUUGCUUACUACUUUGCAUGUGAUCACUGAUUGGCCAAUCAAUGAUCACAUGAUCGGGACCUCAUACAGAGGACCCGUACAGCGAUCGGUGUUCCGCUGUGUCCUCCGGACAGAGAGGGCACCGAAUCGUGGUGCCGCACGCUCCCAGGGAGCGCGCACAGGCUGUAAAUGCGUUUAUGAACGGCAACCCGCUUCUGCACUGCUCCCAUCCGGCCCAUGUACAAAAAUGGAGCAGUACAGGAGCGGGUUA